CUCAGCGCAGCAGCAUUGAGCCACAGACGAGCAUCAAGGACAGACACAGACCUUUGGGAAAUUAAACAUCUGAGAACAACAAAACUUCUGUUGCUGUCUAUUAGAUUUAGAAACUGGAUUUACAUGAUGUCGAAGUCAGGCCUGUCCAGUGCAGAGCAGUGCAUCAAAUACAUGAUAUUCGUCUUUAAUUUCAUAUUUUGGCUCGCAGGUACAGGAGUUUUUGCUGUUGGUCUCUGGCUGCGUUUCGAUGAAAGAACCAAAGAAUUCUUCACUGGAGAAAAUGCUUCAACUGUAUUCCUCACCGGGGUCUACAUCCUCACUGUGGCAGGUGCCGUCAUGAUGGUGGUCGGGUUCCUCGGCUGCUGUGGAGCAAUAAAAGAAUCCACUUGCAUGCUGGGACUGUUCUUUGUGUUCCUGCUCAUCAUUUUUGCUGCAGAGGUGGCCGCUGGAAUCUGGGGAUUGUCCAAUCAAGACGAAAUCGUGUCUGAUGUCAAGCGGUUCUACACAGAGGUGUUCAACAACUACAGAGAGACUAAACAGGAAGCGCUGAGAGAAAGUCUGCGAGCCAUGCAGUACGGACUGAGGUGCUGUGGACCAUCAGGAACACUUUUUGAUGGAGCAAUCGAAACCUGUCCCAAAGAGGAGGGUCUUCGAAUCUUUGUCACAAAGAGCUGCCCAGACGCUAUUGAGGAGAUCUUCACCUCUAGGCUUCACGUGAUCGGAGGGGUUGGGAUUGGGAUUGGUGCGGUCAUGAUCUUCGGCAUGAUCUUCAGCAUGCUGCUGUGCUGCGCCAUCCGACGAACACAGGACAUUUGAGCUGCCGUCGCUGCUGCAGCCCAUCAUCUGCUCAGUAUUUAUCUGUGUCUGUAAAGGUGUGUGUGUGUGUGUGAGCUUGUCUGUGUUUGGAAAAGCACUUUUAACCAAGGCCAGCAUUAGUUCUCAGCUGUUACAGGUCAUGCAUAUGUUGAGUGGAUCAAUAAAUUGCACUUGAGUCUUUUUUUUCGACUAACAUUCAAUUGCCUCUUUGAAUGUACCUGUAAGCUUUUGCCAUUCUUUUAACAUUUUAUGUGGCUUAUUUUAUCUACCCAUAUGAGUGUCUGGAGAGAGUAACACCUACUGUAGUAAAUAACCAAUAAAGUUGAUAAGUAAUUGACUGAAAA